UUGUUCCUCGCACUUCUGCACCAGCGUUCUCAACCACAUCUCUCAGCCUCGCAUCGCAAUACUAUUAAAUAAUACUCUACGCACCCGCACCGCUCCCGCCUCCCUUUGCAUCCACCCUGCAUCCUCGACAACCGCCACCUUCCGAGCUAUACCCCUUUGUUUCGCCUUUGUUGUGGUCGAGCUCCCUGGAUUACAACGCAACCCCUCCUCACACACAACAGUCAUCCCAUCCAGCACCACCACCACAACAACAACCACCAACCAUGUCGCAAUUCUUCAACUACGGUGCCCAGCAGCACCACGCUCAACAUCUCAACGCCCACUCGCACAACCACCAUGGUGGCCGAUCGCGGAGGGCGCCCCGGAUCUCGGCUCAGCAGCACAACAAGCAGUUCCGCCAAGUCCGCACCCCCAAGGAAUUCAACGUCGAGCCCCCCACCCUCAUCGCAUACAAGCGCGACUUCGAGGCUGCCAGGUCAUUCGACAUCGAGGACGAUGAGAUGUUCUGCCCCUUCCACCUGCUCACCGAGGAUGAUUUGCAAUCCAUCCACUCUUCCGGCUCAGACCGCUCCUCGCUAUCGAGCGGCUCGCCCGAGCAGUCGCCUCUCCAGCACCAGCUGCAGCCAACCCCCUCUUUUGUCCUGUCCUCAGCGGGACCCAACCCCUACACCCCUGUCGGCUUCCAACAGAACAACUCGCAAACCAAGCUACACCAGCCACUAGCCCAGCGUACACGCAAUGCCAUCCCCAUUGUUGACCCCUCGACACGAGCUGUUGCGAGCCCACCUCCCUCUGUCUCCCCCAACCGACAGAUGCAGCAACAGUUCAUGUCGCGACGCUGGUAGAGUCUUGCAGGCACGAGGCCAAGCGUUUUUUGUUCGGUCAACAACUGCGGCGUUGUGUGUUGCUAGGCUAGUGGGCUACCUGGAUCUCUAAUCCUCCUUCACCAUGUCC